UAACAUUCAUACCGCUGCUGACAACCUGCCUGACACACGGCCGUUUGCUAGUUUAGUAUUUAAAAUUCAGCCUGGAGGGUCAGAGGAGAGGAGCGAGAGGAACAACACGGAUUCACCGACACUCCUGGACUGAAAGUUGACAGUCAUGGGAGCUGUUUUGGGGGCCUUUUCCUUCGCCGGCUGCGUGCCAUGCCUGUGCAGCAGUGCUACAUGUCUGGCGUGCAGCUGCUGUCCAACCAGCAGGAACUCCACAGUGACAAGAGUCAUCUACGCCUUCAUCCUGCUGCUGGGGACCAUCGUUGCCUGCAUCAUGCUGUCGCCCGGUGUGGACCAGCAGCUCAAAAGGAUCCCAGGCUUCUGUGAAAAUGGAACAGGCCCUUCUAUCCCCGAAAUUCAGGCUGAUUUCAACUGUCAAAUGUUUGUGGGCUACAAGGCAGUGUACCGCGUCUGCUUCGGCAUGAGUAUGUGGUUCCUGGGUUUUGCCAUUCUUAUGCUUAACAUCAAGAACAGCAAAGACCACCGUGCUGCUAUCCACAACGGAUUUUGGUUCUUCAAGUUGGCUGCUUUGGUGGCAGUUAUGGUCGGUGCCUUUUACAUUCCAGAUGGGCCUUUCACCUACACGUGGUUUAUUGUGGGCUGCGGUGGAGCUUUCUGUUUCAUUCUGAUCCAGCUGGUGUUGCUGGUGGACUUUGCUCACUCCUGGAACGAGUCGUGGGUGGAAAAGAUGGAGAACAGCAACUCAAAAGGCUGGUAUGCAGCUUUGCUGGCGGUCACAAUCUUCAACUACAUCCUGUCAUUUAUUGCCAUUGUGCUGUUCUUCAUCUUCUACACCAAGCCUGACCAAUGCUUCAUUAACAAGUUCUUCAUCAGCUUCAACAUGUUGCUCUGUGCGGUGGCCUCGGUGGUCUCUGUGUUGCCUAAAGUACAGGAGUCUCAGCCACGUUCAGGUCUUCUGCAGUCCUCCAUCCUUACCCUGUACACCAUGUUUCUGACCUGGUCUGCCAUGAAUAACGAGCCUGACCGAGCAUGUAACCCCAGCCUGCUGGGUAUCUUCCAGCAGAUCACUGCCCCCACACCGGCCCCUAUGGAGAUGGAGAACCAGACAGCUGUGAUGAUUUUAGGAACAGAAGAACCCGUCCUGACGUCACCGUACCUGCAAUGGUGGGACGCUCAGAGCAUCGUGGGGCUUGGUUUAUUUGUCCUGUGCAUCCUUUACUCCAGUAUCCGUUCGUCCAGCACCAGCCAGGUGAACAAGCUCACCAUGGCCUCCAAAGACUCAGCCAUCUUGGAUGAGAGCAGCAGCAGCCCUGACAUAUCAGAGGAGGUGUCUGGACCCAGGAGGGUGCUGGACAAUGAGCAGGACAUAGUCCAGUACAGCUACUCCUUCUUCCACUUCAUGCUCUUCCUGGCCUCACUCUACAUCAUGAUGACCCUCACCAACUGGUACAGUCCUAAUGCAGAUUACACCGUAACCAGCAAGUGGCCUACAGUGUGGGUGAAGAUCACCUCCAGCUGGAUGUGUUUGGCCCUGUACAUCUGGACCCUGCUGGCCCCCAUGAUCCUCACCAACCGAGACUUCAGCUGAUCAGCAUCCGCUCUGUCUCUGACUCUACUUUGUCCUCCACAAAUCUUCUUUUUUUACCUACACUCCAGCCAUACUGCUACAUCUUACUGUCAAAUUGAAAGUGGAAUCAUUUUAUUUUAUACAUUUAGUUCAGGUUUCAUUUCAUUAUUUUUGGUUAUUAAUGAUUCAGAGGUGCCAUAACAGCUGCUUCAUAUGAAGGUAUUUACUGUAGUGAUUUUAUAUGUAGAAUCAAAGGAUAGGUCUCUAAAUGCUUCACUCAUAGAGACUGAGGACAAUCUCCCAAAUGUCAUUAUUAAAACAAUUCAAGUUAAAGCAAAACCUAUAUUG